AUGACGCCCGAAUCGACAUCACGGCGGCAACGAAAGGUUGUCAUUACCACGUCUCCCGCCCCCUCCGAGUCAGACUCCCUUCGCGACUCGUACUUUUCAGAAGCCUCUCAAUCAACCGCACCCACAUCUUUCCAUUCGGCAUCUGGUUCCAAUACCAAGGCCCUUGAUGUGGCCGAAAAUAAGAAGCCUACAACAGCCAUGAAAGCCCCAGCAGCUGCCGAGCUGCUCUUCAACACCACCUCGUCCUCGAUUGCCACAUACGACUCCGUCCUUUCCGAGAUGGCACCCCUGCGCCGAGAAGCAGAUCUUGACGCAAGCGGGCAAGACGAAGAGGAGGACGACGAAGAGGACGACGAAGAGAGUGGUGAUGAUGACGAGGACGACGACGAUGUGGAGGCCGACCUCGCGGACAAGGACUUCAUCCUGUCUGACCCAGAGUCUCUUCAUAUCCCUCCAGUUUUGCCUCCCUAUCGUGGCACUUCCAACGAACGCCCUUGUCGGCCAUCUACGCCUCAGGACUUUGCCCGCCUGUUUCCUUCGCUCGAUCGACUCGCUGUCCGUCACGAUGACUGCACUUCGGAUGGCAACAUGAACCUCCGUGUCGACACGGUUGUUCCCUUUGGUCACGGUCGCCGGUCUCUUGCUGUCCAGCUGUUUCAUCUGCGUAUGCACGACCUGGCCCGACGCGAGUUCUCCUUGCGCCGUUAUUGUCGCGAUUCUGGCCGCGAAGUCUGCAAUUCUAAGCGCUCCUAUGCCCCAGCUCCUACGGGCACCGUGGCUGCUGCACGCCCAGCCCUGCGACGUUCCAUGAGCUCGGCAGUACGCACCAUGACUACACCCUUCCACCGUACCACGUCUGGAACACAGUCUAUGUUUAAGCAUGGCAACGCCACCACGACGUCUGCUGCUUCUGCUGACAACGCCUCGAUCUGGUCCGGCUCGCAUCACUCGACGACGUCGGAGCAGCCCUCAACCAAGGCCAAGCCACGCAUGGUGCCAACCAACCGCAUCAAGCUCGAGUUCAGCAACUACGCCCGCGUGGACAUUGCCCGACGAGGAGGACGGACGAACAAGCGGUACGAGUUUGAGUGGUGGGGACACACCUACGCCUGGAAGCGUGUGAUUGACAAUAACCUGAACGUGGUGUCGUUCCACCUUGUGCGAGAUGGCCAUGGUGCUCCUGUCGCACACAUCGUGCCCGAGAUGCGCAGCCCUAACCAAGUGCUCGACGACGAGAUGGCUGGUGCUUGGGUGACCCCCUGUUACAUGUGGAUCAGCGACAGCAGCAUCAUUGACGCCAUUACCGACGUGGCCGAUGUCAUUAUUGCCACCGGUCUCAUCUCCCUUGUCGACGACUGCAUCAAGGAGCGAUGGCAGGCUAAGAAGCCUUCUCAUCGUGCCAUCCGCAACCGCACUGGUGACUUUAACCAGUCAAAUCCACGCUCCUUCAUGCAGAGCUUCUUCCAACGCCGACACUCGGAGGAGCAUUCCUCUAGCCGCGGAUCACUACGGUUUGGUCGCAAGCCUGUAGCCGCGUAUUGA